CAUAAGCUUGAUGAAUGCAGUCUUCAUGCCAACCUUGAUUCCCAUUCAUCUACAGGCUUUGCUCUUGGCUCCCAAGGCGGUCUCCUUGGCUCUACCUCCUCUGCUGGUGGCCUCGGUCUCUCUCUUUGGCAAUCUCCCUCUGCAUUAACUAGUUGUCCAGUUCCUCAUCCUUCUGGACCCCACGAAAGCACCUUAAUGGCUGCUGCUGCGACAGCAGCUCACGCUCACGCUCACGCUAUUGUCGCCACCACUGGCGCCUCUACACACAACCCUAGAGGUCUUAUCAUGGCUGGGCCUUCUACGAAUCUGACUAUGCCGACCGGCCAGUCUUCCAAUACGGGGCUCUACGUUACCGGCCUAAGUUCUGACCCUUGUUCUAGUUCAAGACACGGAUAUGGCUCUGGCACAGGUUCUCUCAUGCCAUUUUCACAAUCCUUGGCUCAACAAGCCUUGGUCGGGUCUUUGCAGCAAUCAGCAAUUAAGCGGUGA